ACACACAAGUGCCUCACUUCACUGGUGCAAUUGAUAGAAAAAAGCGAGGCCUGCCGGAUCGGAUAACGUGAAGAAUUGCAAGUGGAUGGGGGACGAUCGUUCCUCUCCUCCCCUUCUGCGCUCACCACCAGCUAAAGUUUCUCAUCCGCGACACCCCCCCCCCCCCCACCAGCUAAGGAUGUGGAGACUAUCACCUAGUAGAAAAACAAUUGUAUCCUCUCCCCGAAUUAAAUUAAAAUUGGGUGGGUCCCACUAGUAGCAGCCAUCUCCAAGUCCAGACCUCCCCUCCCGUAUAAAUCCCCUCCACCUGCAAGCGGCAAGCCUCCGCUCCGCUGAUACUACAAGAGAAUACUUUCUUCCCCACGCUCACACUCUCAUCCCAAACCUAGCCGCCACGCCAAGCACCUUCCCCUCCCCUCCGACCCUUUCCUUCCCCACGCCGCCGAGGUCGCCGCCCAGGGGCUUGCUCUCCAUGCUUCCUUCCAAGAGGCCCGGCGACGACGCCCGUGGCGGCCAGGCGAAGAGGACCAAGUUGGGGGAUUCUACAAGUAACGGCAAUCGGAAUGGGGCGGCGCUGGACAUCGACGAGGACCUCCACAGCAGGCAGCUCGCCGUCUACGGGAGGGAGACCAUGCGCCGCCUCUUCGCAUCCGACGUACUCGUCUCCGGCCUCAAUGGCCUCGGUGCUGAGAUUGCAAAGAAUCUUGCUCUUGCUGGAGUUAAAUCUGUCACCAUACAUGAUGUGAAAAAUGUGGAGAUGUGGGACUUGUCUGCCAAUUUCCUUUUAUCAGAGCAAGAUAUUGGGAAGAACAGGGCAGUUGCCUGUGUAUCAAAGCUGCAAGAGCUCAACAAUGCUGUUCUGGUCUCUGCUCUAACAGAGGAACUGACGACAGAUCACUUGUCUAAGUUCCAGGCUGUUGUUUUCACUGAUAUAAGUUUAGACAAGGCUUAUGAAUUUGACGAUUAUUGUCACAGCCACCAACCUCCGAUCUCCUUUAUCAAAGCUGAAGUUUGUGGCCUUUUUGGUAGUGUCUUUUGUGAUUUUGGACCUGAGUUUACUGUUCUUGAUGUUGAUGGUGAAGAACCACAUACUGGUAUAAUUGCAUCUAUCAGCAAUGACAGUCCUGCAAUUGUCUCCUGUGUUGACGAUGAGCGGAUUGAGUUUCAGGAUGGUGAUCUUGUUGUUUUCUCUGAGGUCCAGGGUAUGGCAGAAUUGAACGAUGGAAAACCAAGGAAGGUAAAAAAUGCAAGGCCAUUUUCAUUUAGUAUCGACGAGGACACAAGUAGCUAUGGCAUUUAUACAAAAGGUGGGAUUGUUACACAAGUGAAGGAACCAAAGGUCUUACGUUUCAAGGCACUAAGAGAUGCUAUGAGAGAUCCUGGAGAUUUCCUUCUGAGCGACUUCUCAAAGUUUGAACGUUCUCCGGUGCUGCACCUAGCAUUUCAAGCUCUGGAUGAAUUUAAGAAAGGACAUGGACGCUAUCCUGCCGCUGGUUGUGAGCAGGAUGCUCAGAGCUUCCUCAAGUUAGCUGUCGAUAUUAAUGAAGCCUCAGUUGAUUCCAAGCUGGAAAAUAUUGAUGAAAAUAUACUCCGACAUUUUGCAAGUGGUUCUCGAGCUGUUUUGAACCCUAUGGCUGCAAUGUUUGGUGGUAUUAUUGGUCAAGAAGUCGUGAAAGCAUGUUCAGGGAAAUUCCAUCCUCUUUACCAGUUCUUCUACUUUGAUUCUAUUGAAUCACUCCCUACAUAUCCGUUGGACUCCCAUGACUUGAAGCCGUCAAACAGCCGUUAUGAUGCUCAGAUCUCUGUUUUUGGUUCCAAGCUUCAGAAGAAACUGCAAGAUGCAAAUAUUUUCAUUGUGGGGUCUGGCGCUCUUGGUUGUGAAUUCUUGAAGAACCUUGCUUUAAUGGGAGUGUCUUGCAGCUGCGAAGGAAAGCUAACUAUAACAGAUGAUGAUGUCAUUGAGAAAAGCAAUUUGAGCCGCCAAUUUCUAUUCCGUGACUGGAACAUUGGACAGGCAAAGUCUACUGUAGCAGCUGCAGCCGCCAGUGCUAUCAACCCCAGCCUCCGAAUUGAUGCCCUUCAGAACCGUGCCUGUCCAGAUACUGAAAAUGUGUUCCAUGACACAUUCUGGGAUGGCCUAGAUGUUGUCAUCAAUGCACUUGAUAAUGUUAACGCUAGGAUGUAUAUGGACAUGAGGUGCCUGUACUUCCAGAAGCCACUACUGGAGUCAGGGACGUUGGGUGCAAAGUGCAAUACGCAAAUGGUGAUUCCUCACCUAACUGAAAAUUAUGGAGCUUCAAGAGAUCCACCAGAGAAGCAGGCGCCAAUGUGCACAGUCCAUUCUUUUCCACACAAUAUUGAUCAUUGCUUAACAUGGGCUCGUUCAGAGUUUGAGGGUUUUCUAGAGAAAACACCAAAUGAAGUCAAUUCUUUUCUGUCUAAUCCUGCUCAAUAUGCUGCUGCCAUGAGGAAGGCAGGCGAUGCCCAGGCAAGAGAACUACUUGAGCGUGUCUCUGAAUGUCUUGGCAAGGAGCGAUGCAAUACGUUUGAGGAUUGCAUAACUUGGGCCCGACUGAAAUUUGAGGAUUAUUUCUCAAACCGUGUGAAACAGCUCACAUUUACUUUUCCUGAAGAUGCUGCUACUAGCACGGGUGCUUCUUUCUGGUCCGCCCCAAAGCGUUUUCCGCGUCCUCUGAAAUUUUCAGCUGACGACUCAUCUCACAUUCACUUCAUUAUAUCUGCUUCAAUACUGAGAGCAGAGUCAUUUGGACUUGCUAUACCUGACUGGGCAAAUAACACAAGUAAACUGGCUGAUGCAGUCAGUAAGGUUGCAGUUCCUAAAUUUGAGCCUAAGAAAGGGGUGAAUAUUGAGACAGAUGAGAAGGCUACUAACCUUUCUAGCGCCUCAGUUGAUGAUGCUGCUGUUAUUGAUGAUCUUCUGGCCAAGUUAGAUGAAUAUGCUAAGAGCCUGCCUCCAGGGUUCCGAAUGAAACCUGUCCAAUUUGAGAAGGAUGAUGACACCAAUUUUCACAUGGAUUUAAUAUCUGGAUUUGCAAACAUGCGUGCACGAAACUAUAGCAUUCCAGAGGUUGACAAGUUGAAGGCUAAGUUCAUCGCUGGAAGAAUCAUCCCAGCUAUCGCAACUUCAACAGCCAUGGCCACAGGGCUUGUGUGCCUUGAGCUAUACAAGGUUAUUGCUGGGCAGCACCCCAUUGAAGAUUACCGCAACACAUUCGCAAACCUAGCGCUACCACUGUUCUCGAUGGCUGAGCCAGUUCCAGCAAAGGUGAUGAAGCAUCAAGACCUGAGCUGGACCGUAUGGGACCGAUGGUCCAUCAAGGGUAAUCUCACUCUUGCGGAACUCCUGCAAUGGUUCAGCGACAAGGGCCUUAAUGCUUACAGCAUUUCCUGUGGAACGUCUCUGCUGUACAACAGCAUGUUUGCAAGGCACAAGGAAAGACUGCACAAGAAGGUUGUUGAUGUUGCCAGAGAAGUCGCUAAGGUGGAGGUUCCCGAGUACAGGAAUCAUAUAGAUAUUGUGGUAGCCUGCGAGGAUGAUGAAGAGGACGACAUCGAUAUUCCUCUGGUCUCGGUUUACUUCCGAUAGUCUGCUCUUAUUAGACAAAACAGUAGAAUGAUUAGAUUAUACUGCAUUAUGAGGCCUGCCAUUUAAAAAUUCUCUAGGUUUCUCUAGUGUCAGAAACAAACUAGAUAACUAAAAUCACCGGUUUACUUUGUUACCCUAUUGGCGUUGAUAACCCUAUCCUGGUCUCUUGAGUUAUAUUCAUGAUGAUGUACCGCUCUUGUAGCUCUCGCCCAUGCUAUCUAAUUGCAGGUAUGCCCGGUGUCUCUGAUAGUUGGAUGAACCAACACUUUGGUUACAGUUAAUCAACAGGUAACUGGAAUCCGGUCGUUUCUUUA